AUGUCUCGACCUAAUCCACAACAAGAGAACCAGCACCAGACUGGGUUCAGUGCUUCGAGGCAGCGGGAGUUCUUCAGGUAUGUCGUUUCCCGCGAGGUGUACUACUACCACCACCAGGAUACAACUGCGCAACAAUCCCCUGACGGCGCACGGGUUUGCUACAGAUACCUACCACCGACUCAUUUCCAAUCAAGUGUCCUAAAUCACGUUGGUCACGAUACAAAAACAACCGAUAUUGUCGCACGAUCGUCCAUGGACGCUGUCCUGACAGCAUUUGCCCAACUGGGAACUCUUCGAUUGGAUGCCAAACACGCCUUGAUUUCGCUUUUCGGUCAUAAUGAGGAACAUGUUCUGACAGAAGCGACUCGAACUCUCAGCCUACAGAACGACGCCGUUCACGUCGAUGAUGAUGCACUAUGGAUCGGCAGUUGCACCGUAUCAUACGGUCGCAGCCUUUGCAAAGCUGUCCUCAACUCCUCGCAAUUUACAGAAAAUCCGACCCAAUCGUUUGUUGUGCCGGAUCUUGCGAAAGACGAGGAUCUUUCAGGGCAUCAAGAUGUGGUCGGCUUUCCAAAUUUUCGAUUCUUGGCAUGCAGUCCGAUCGUCAGCCCAAAGGGAUUCGUGAUCGGUGCCUAUACGGUCCUGGACGACAAGCCGCAUGAACCACUCAGCGCCACACUGACAGCUUUCAUGGCCGAUAUCUCACAUACUGUCAUGGAUUACUUGGUCGCGACAAGGGCGAAAUAUCAACAUACUCGGAGUGAGCGCAUGAUGGUUGGACUAGGGAGCUUCCUUGAAGGGAAAGGCAGUUUACGAAACACGUGGAUUUCUGCGCAUGAAGAUAUAACUUCGUUUCCAAAGGAGGAGCACCUGGAAGGCCAUGUCAACCGGGAACAACAGGAAAUGCAAACCUUGGAUACUGUGGCUAAUGGGCUAUCGGCUGGUAAUUCCACCCAACUUUUGCCCCAUCGACGAAAGAAUUUCAAUAUCUCUGGAAAUCAAAAGGUUACAGCACAGAUGGACCAAGGCCAGUCAUCACUUGAUCCAGAGCAUAAAUCACAAUAUCACUUUCACGAGCGACCGCGCCGUGAGCGUGGACAUCGGGCUAAGACUGGUCGUAAAAGAUCUGGGAAUCGAUCACCGAAAGCCGAUUAUGUGACUCAAGUACAGGGCACAUUCUCACGUGCAGCCAAUAUCAUUCGCGAGAGUAUCGAAGUUGAGGCCACUGUGUUCUUCGAUGCCCAUUUUGCUUCCCAGGAUGCUCUGGUAAAUAUGUCAGCGGAUGAUUCGGGGAGCAGUAGCGUUGGAGGCUUUUCCUCAAGCGAUGAAGGUGGAAGCAUUGGAAUAUCUUCCCCUAAUGAAAGCCUUCCCAGUAUGGAAAACGAUGAAAAGGCAGGCCCUAGUGCAGUGAGUCCUUGCAAAAUACUUGGGUUUGCAACUUCAGAUCUAUCCAGCAUAAGCAAUGAGUCCAUGGGAGACCGGAAAAUCUCCUUGUCUGAGAAAUUUCUCGGUCACCUCCUACGCCGAUACCCGCAGGGUAAAAUCUUCAACUACGGCGAAGAUGGGUCGAUCUCGUCUGACGAUACCAGCGAUCAUAUAGUGACGCCGCUUGAUCAGCGUAUUGGCGGCCUACGAUACAAGAGAACACGCAUGACAAUCCUGCGUCAAGAUGCAGUGACACUAUUGCAAUUGGCACCUAAUGCCCGAAGUAUUAUUUUCUCGCCCCUAUGGGAUUCGCAUAAGGAGAGAUGGUAUUCAGGCUGUCUAUCCUGGACAAAAACCGCCCAUCGUGUUCUUACUUCGGACGACGAAUUGGCAUUCCUCUUUGCAUUCGGAAAUAGUGUCAUGGCAGAAGUCCACCGACUUGGCGCGCUGCUUGCCGAACGAGCCAAGUCAAAUCUCCUUGCAGGAAUCAGCCAUGAACUUCGGUCACCACUUCACGGAAUCUUUGGCACCAUAGAUAUCCUGAAUGACACUCCUAUGAAUGCUUUGCAGCGGGGGCUUAUGCAUACCAUCUCGUCAUGUGCAUUUACGCUUCUUGGUUCAAUUGAUCAGCUCUUGGAGUAUGCCAGCAUCAACGAUGUUCGACCAAACCCUCGCGGGAAAGAUCCCACCAAGCCUCUACCUGGACAAGAUUUGCGCCGCAACAGUAUUGACCAGAAUUCUAUUGUUCAAUUGGACGCUGCUGUUGAAGAUGCCAUUGAGACCGUCUUUGCAGGCUAUCACUCCAUGAGAAAAAGAGAAUCGGCCUCGUCUAACUCCGCUCACGCCCCUCUGGACAUCUAUACAAGAGUACGGGUUGUCCUCGACAUUGAAUCCACCCAGAAUCUCAGAUUCCUGACUCGACCCGGAGCGUGGCAUGUAAUCUUGACAAAUAUCUUUGGAAAUGCCAUGAAAUUCACCCAAACGGGGCUCAUCACAGUUUCCCUCAAAGCCGGUCCAGUGGCCAUUUCCCAUGAUGGCCAGGUCAAUAGCUCGACAAUUACUUUGGGCAUUGAAGACAGCGGUUGUGGCAUGGACAAAGAUUUCCUCGGGAAUAAAGUUUUCUCGGCCUUUUCUCAGGAGGACACAAUGUCUGCAGGCAAUGGUCUGGGCCUGAACAUCGUGCGCCGGAUAGUAUCUUCGCUGAACGGUGUAAUUCGAAUCACCUCCCAGAAGGGUCUUGGAACUCAUGUUGUGAUCACUAAUUUCCCUGAGCAUAUCAAAGACCUCGUUCAUGGAAAAACUAUUGGGAUUCUGGUUCCAGGUUCUUCAGAAGGCGAUAUGGCUCUUGGUCCCUCAUUGAUGAAACUGUGCCAAGAGUGGUUUUCAAUGAAAGCCGUUUUCAUUGAUUCCUUGCAUACAAAACCCGUUCAUUGCGAUAUCUUGAUUUCCCUUCAUGAAUCCUUAGAUAUAGGGAAUCACGAGAUCUUGCCUUCUGUCUCCACUCCGAGGGAACAAUACCCUUCACCCGUCAUCAUCAUCUGCUCAUCUCCGAGUACCGCACAUACCAUGUUUCUGGCCUCCCAGGAACGGAAGUAUACUGGAAUCCUUGAAUUCAUUAGCCAGCCAUGCGGACCGCGCAAGUUGGCAAAAGCACUGGAAACAUGCAUCCAGCGACAGCAACACCGCAAACAGGAACCGAAUACUUUCGAGACAUCUUUCUCUCAAGCAUUGUGUGCUGAUUCAGCAGAGAAACCUAUGGGAAAUGCAAUGAGCCAGCCAGUAUUGACUCAUACUGAACUUGGGCCUCUGACACCGGAAGUCCUCGAACGCUCUUCUCUCCUAACCUGCAGCCAUUGUAACAUUCGAGGUCAUCUUCCACCACUCCACGAGUACUCUUCUCAAGAAACUGAAAAUGGUUCAUCGACGAGUAUUCUACUUGUCGAUGAUAACGAUAUCAACAUCAGACUUCUGGUAGCGUUCAUGCAAAAGUUGAAAUUUGACUACCUGAUUGCGAGAAACGGCCAAGAAGCUCUGGACUCCUUCAAAGAAAACACCCAUAAAAUCCGUGUUAUUCUGAUGGAUAUCUCAAUGCCUGUCAUGGAUGGAAUUGAAGCUACACGAAGAAUUCGCGAGCACGAGCAAACGCUGCAGUCUCAAGAGCGGGUGAUGAUAGUUGCACUAACAGGUGUUGCCCAAGCCGAUGUGGAACGCGAUGCGAUAGGAUCUGGAAUGGAUACAUUCUUGACCAAACCUGUCCGAUUGGAUGUUCUAGGGCCAAUGAUCAGUCGAAGAAUACACGAAGCGCACUUGAUCUGA